AUGGUAUUAGCAACAAAAUUGUAUCCCUCAGAAUUAGCACCCGAGCUGCACAAUCAAUUAAGCGUCAUAAACUUCCGGGUUACGCCCGCAAGCCUUGAAGAGCAGUUGCUAAACCAGAUCAUUCUCCACGAGGCGCCAUAUCUGGAAGAACAGCGUAGCGUGCUGGUUGUGAACAUUGCAAAGGACCUUGAGCUUAAGGCCGCAAUCCAGGAAAAAAUUCUUUCGCUCCUGGCCAACGCCGAAGGUGACAUACUUGCGGAUGACACCUUCUUGGAUAUUCUGAAUGACUCACGCUUAACAUAUGAGGCGAUUGAAAGACGCAUGGAAGAAGCUUCUGCCACAUCUGACAGGCUUGAGGAGACCAGGAAACUGUACAAGCCCCUGUCCCAUCGAGGCUCACUGCUGUAUCUUGCCUUGCGAAAUAUGUCCAACCUCCAUCCAUUCUACCUGUGGUCCCUUGAGGCCUUCAAAGCGCGGCUUCAGCUGACCUUGUCGAGCUGCCAAGACACUGGCGACACCCGCGGAGAAACACUCAGGGAUUCGCUUACUUGGGAGGUGUAUUGCAACACUUGCAGGGGACUACUAGAGCCGCAUAGGCUCGUCCUCGCAUUUAUGAUCGCAACAGCCCUCGACGCUGAAGCCGAAAAUGUUCCGCCGAAAAUGCUUGAGUUCCUUUUGAGAGGGGCAACAGAUGAAAACGCAGAUCCUGUAAAUGUCUCUCAGCAUGCAGUAUUAGUUUGGAGCAAUAUUGUUUAUUUAGAUGCGAGUGUUGGCGGUUGCUUUCGUGGGUUCGCCCAAGCAGUGGCAGAUGAGCGUGGUGAAUGGAGAAACGUAAUCGAGAGCGGGGAACAACUUCCACCGAAGCUGCCCCAAAUUGGAGGAGUAGAUCUAGGGGGUUUUGCUUCUCUAGUUGCUGUCAAGGCCAUAAGGGGAAGCGAGCUCCAUUCUGGCUGUCGAGCCUACGUCGAAAGCGUAUUGGGAACGCGGUUUACUUGCCCACCCCAGCUGGAGUUAUCGAAGGCCCUGGAUGAAUCAACACCAUUAACACCGUUAAUAUUCAUCCUAUCUCCUGGAAGUGACCCAAUUGGGUCAAUAAAGCUUCUAUCGGCUCGCGUAUCGCUGCCUGAAGACCAGCUGCACUUUCUUUCGCUCGGCCAGGGCCAGAUUAAGGCAGCCGAAAAAGUAUUGCAGGAAGCCAGCGACCUAGAAAACCGAGGGGCUGAGGACAUAGCAGAGUGUCCCAACUACAAGCGUUGGCUUUUCUCACUCGCACUUUUCCACUCCAUUAUUUCGGAACGAAGAAAAUUUGGAGCUCUCGGAUGGAACAAGGCCUACGAAUGGACAGUUUUCGACUUCCGAGUUUCCCAGCAAAGUCUGUUCGAGGCUGCAUCUGGCGACGAAGAAAAUCUGUCGUGGGAUAGAAUUCUCUUUUUGACAGCUGAUAUCCAUUACGGAGGCCGUGUCACGGAUCAAAUGGACCAAAGGCUGCUCACCUCACUAUUGAAGCGGUGCUUUGCUGCAACCGAGCUUGACUCCCCGGCAGCAGACCCAGUGUUGAAAGGAUAUGUCCUUCCUUCAGACUACAGUUACGAAGAUAUAACAGAAUUCGCCAUGUGUUUGCCGGUUGAUGCGGCCCCCGAGAUUCUGGGCCUCGACUCUGGAGCUGCGGUGGUGUACAAGGAGAUGCAGAGCAGCCGGCUCCUGGACUACCUUGUCAGCGCUCACAGGGAAAUGCAGACGCACGCGAGAGGCAAUAAAGAAGAAAGCCUUAUGGGUAUGAUUUCAGAUCUACUAAGCAAAGUGCCUGAGGACAUUCCCCACGAAACGGCUAGCAGGGAGGUGUUCCAGCUACACGAAAACUCACAAACAGGACUAUGUGAGCUAACUCCGCUGAGUAACUUCCUUAAAGGAGAGCUUUGCAGUUACAAUGCGCUCCUCGCGUUCAUCCGAAUGUCUCUCACCCAACUUAUCGAGGCACUCCGGGGCUGGUCUGUAAUGACUGAGGAUUUGGAUAACCUCAGUAAGGACUUAUACUUCCAGAAGGUCCCCGCAGCGUGGAUUUCUGUAUCCUACCCCUCAAAGCUCAGCCUUGGAGCAUGGCUCCAUGAUCUUGGGACGCGCAUCAGUAGCGCGAGGCACUGGGCACAAAACGGCCCACCUGAAGUCUUCAACAUAGCAACAUUUUACCAUCCUCAGAGCUUUUUCAAGGCAGCAUUGCGGGUCGUCGCCCGUGCUUUGAAGGAGCCCCCGUCCAGCCUCUCAUUGUCUGCGGAGUUUGCUGAUCUCGAAAACGAGACUGAGAACGAAACUGGCCCACAAUAUCCUGCAGAUGUGGGAAUUUCCAUCACAGGCGUUUUCCUCCAGGGGGCUGCUUGGUCCGCCGAGGAUAGAUUGCUUCGUGACGCGAACCCACGUGAAAUGUGCCAGCAAAUGCCGCCAAUUCGCUUGGUCCCCCAAUUAUCCCAUGUGAAAGAAGAAAAGAGAUACAAGUUAGCAUAG